GGCGGGGCCGCGCUGCAACUUCCGCCCGGCGCCGCUGGCGGGGCGCGCGUCCCGGCUGAGUUCUAGCAGAGGAAACAAGCUGAUCUACAUGUUUUUCACUGCCCCUUGGAAGAAUGACAGAUGACAAAGAUGUGCUUCGAGACGUGUGGUUUGGACGAAUUCCAACCUGUUUCACUCUCUAUCAGGAUGAGAUAACUGAAAGGGAAGCUGAACCUUACUAUUUACUUUUGCCAAGGAUAAGCUACUUGACACUGGUGACAGACAAAGUGAAGAAACACUUUCAGAAAGUUAUGAGACAAGAGGAAGUUAGUGAAAUAUGGUUUGAAUAUGAAGGCACACCACUGAAAUGGCAUUACCCAAUUGGUUUGUUGUUUGAUCUCCAUGCAUCAAAUACAGCCCUUCCUUGGAGCAUCACAGUGCAUUUCAAGAAUUUUCCAGAGAAGGAUCUUCUACACUGCCAUUCUAAGGAUGUGAUUGAAGCUCAUUUUAUGGCUUGUAUAAAAGAAGCAGAUGCUUUAAAGCACAAAAGUCAAGUCAUCAAUGAGAUGCAAAAAAAGGAUCAUAAGCAACUGUGGAUGGGACUACAGAAUGAUAAAUUUGAGCAGUUUUGGGCAAUAAAUCGAAAACUCAUGGAGUAUCCUCCAGAAGAUAAUGGAUUUCGAUACAUCCCAUUUAGAAUUUAUCAGGCAACAACAGAGAGACCUUUUAUACAGAAGCUAUUUCGACCAAUUGCUUCAGGAGGACAGUUGCAUACUUUGGGAGAUCUGCUAAAAGAUGUGUGUCCUAGUGCUGUCACCUCUGAAGAUGGAGAGCAGAAGACUCAAGUGAUGAUUCAUGGAAUUGAGCCAAUGCUGGAAACACCCAUACAGUGGCUGAGCGAACAUAUGAGCUAUCCAGAUAAUUUCCUCCACAUUAGUGUCAUUCCCCGACCUACUGAUUGAAACUCAGCUCUCCUGAUAUGAGGAUCAUUCUCCAGCUGGAAUGAGAAGGGCAUGUCAGCUUCUUGCUCCUGCCAGUCUUGACAGAGGCAGCCUGACCAGCAAAAACAAACCCAACAGAAAACUGAAACAAAACGAGAAGUCCUCACUGCUGCAAGCCAAACAGGAAGAAGAGAUCCUAUCACCAGAUAAGGGCAAUGGGGCUGAUCUUAUUUUGCAUCACUGCUGCUUUUCUUCACCGCUGUAAUUAAAUCAGUUGCGAUAUGAAAGAAAUUUACAGGCCCUCUGCACGUCUGCUGUUUUCUUGUAAAAUAGAAUGAAGCUGAAACUGGCGGGCCCGAGAGCAAGUGGAAAUGUGCCACUGGGUUGUAUUUCUGAUUAACAAAUAAACAGGGCUGUUUCCUAGAGCGGUGGCGUUUCAACUUGGGGAGUGGAAACCUUGGUUUAAUUUUCUAGAAAGUUAGACCCCGAGAGAUCCAGUUACCAAUAGCUUUUUGUAACAGAUCGGAUUACUGUAAACCCCGUCUUUCCUUAACCAGAACUUCAUGUUUACAGUAUGUGUAUUGGUAUGCAAAUGAUCUUUUAACUUUGGUAACAAGCAGGGAGGGAUUUUAAAGUAAACCCGUGAGCAUGUUUUGUCAUCUAAAAACAUGCACAACUUAAUAAUUUAGGAAUACUUUUCAUUUGUGUGCUGUCACUGAAUACUCCAGGAUGUUUAUUAUUCAAACCAGUUUUCAUAGACUAGCAACGAUGUCAGAUAAUUUGUCUCAGGAUUUGUCAUGGCAUUUCUUUUGUGCUCAUCUAGAUCUUCCCCCCCCCAAGAAUGUUUUCUUAAUUUAGUUUUAAAAGUUUUACAAAAAAAAAAAAGUAAACGGAUGUUGCAAAUGUUUGUAUCCUGCUGUUUAUUCCCAUAGACUAGAAAACAGUUAAAUCAUGGAAUGAUGAACAGAUGUAUUGCUUUUUAAUAACUUUGAAUUUUGGAAAGCUGAGGCUUUUCCAAGCUUCCUUACAUCUGAGCUUAGUUUUCUACUGUGGUCCCUGAGCAAUCAGUCUGAAAUUUGCACAGAUUCUUCCUUAGUUUAGCAGAUGUACUUUUCGGUUAUUGGAUCACUUUUGUUUCUAGAUGUUUGUUACCAUUGCAGCUGCUCCUAGGACUCUACCAUUUGUUUUUUUGUAUUUUGCUGAAUUCAUCACACCGUGUGCUUUGUCUGCAGUUCGUGGCACAAGACUCGGUUUCUAGUAGACAUGUUAUCAAACAUGCCAAAUAUUAGCAAAUAUAAAGAAAGCAUGACAUUCUUCUUUCAAAAACAGUACCUGUUGAAGUUUCUACUCAAAGUCUUAGCUUGCAGAUAUCCCAGUAACUCCCAGUGCUGUUCCCAUCUGUUUUCAUUCUCCCUAAUGGUGGGGUACCUACCUGUAUCUGCAAAAGAACAAUAUGAAGAUCAAUCAAACAAACAAAAACCUCUUAAAGAAGCAAGAGGGGAAAGAUCUCCUUAGGUGAGGAUAGAAUUGAGGCUAAAAAAAAAAAAAAAAAAAAAGCCCUGUGGGCACACAAACUCAGUAGACAAAAUAGUGUUUAAAAUGUAAAUUAGGAAAUAGCAUUAAGGAAAUGUGAGGGAAAAGGUGUUAGUGAAGGAAACUUGUGCUGUAUUCUGCAGGUCAUGAAGAAUUUUUAAAAACAAACCCUGCUGAUGUGUGUUUAUGGAGAACUGAAAUACAAUAUUCUAAGACUGGGAUGAUUUGGUUGGGUUAUUCUAAUUUCCAGUUCUGUUUGGGAUUUUUGUCACAGCGUUGGAUUGGCAGUUAUAAACUUUCUUAGGCAGAUCCAUCUAAAUAUUCUGGAGAAUUUCAAAGUCCUGCCAAUGGGUAAAGCAAAUAUUUUGUAGAGUCUUCGUAUUUAAAAGAAAAAAAGAAAAAAAAAAGUCUUUUGUAGGGGUAAUUUUUCCAUUAGUCAGGAUAAGAGGCAGUGCAUUUAAAAUCUGGUAAAGAUUGUUUCCUUUCUUUUAAGGUAAACUGGAGUAAGUCACUGGCUAUUUUAAUAUAUUCUGCACCAGCAAUCAAAGUAUACAGCUCUCUCCUCAUGGCCCAUAUUUGCUAGUAAAUCCAACUUGAAGGCCUAGCAUGGAACAAAGAUACAUCUUGGCUUUAAAACAUACUCUUCUCUUAUUUUAACUAUUUAAACUUUAUUAAAAAAUAAAACAAA